AAUUUGUAUUCAUUUAUUUAUAUAUUCUGUAUGAAUGAAAUGACUAAUACAAAAUUUAAUUUGUUACUUUAUUACUUAUUAUAAUAGUUUAGACAUAACUUAUUAAUGGAAAUUCGGUUAUACGAUUCUAAAGAUUAUACAAAAAAAUUAAUUCAACACCGAUCAAAUUAACGUUCGUAUAUUAUACUGAGAUAUCUAAGAACGAUUAAUUAUCACUCAAAAAUAUUAGUUACUUAGCGAAAUAAUAUUUAAACAAUUACUUAGAAAUAAUCGCUAGAGUACUUUAAUACGAUGAUAAUGAAUAUGAUGAAGUAUUUUACUAUUUAAAUAAUAUAUUUUAUAAUAUUUGCAUGCACUAAAUUACGAUGAGACCUAUAACUGACGUAAUGACGCAACUGACAGUUUUUUGAAUCACGAACAAAUUACAAUAUAAUUACGCGCGACGAAAUUUCAAUACACCAAUGACAGCGUUGGCGGCAAUUGCCAGAUUUCAAAACUAUUAAACUAACUAAUUUAUUUGAAUUUAUUGGGUCGCCCGGAAAGUUCAUUCUGAUUUAAAUUUUCAUUCGAUAUACAUUUAUUGAAUUAUAUAGAUGCCAUUUUGUUCUACAACCCUUCUCCAUCUUUUACGCAAUUUGAAUAUCCUUCCAGAACCUCUCAGGUUUUUCGGCGAAAAACUUGUCAGUAUGACCUUUCAUGUCGAUCAAAUUCCUUAAAAAUCGGAACGAACUCCGAACAACCCAAUAUAUUACCUUUACCGAUUACACAAACAAUUUAAAUACAUUCAAGGAAAACAAUUUAAAUAAAUGGACAAGUUUAUAAAUUUAAAAUUUCAAAGGCGUUUUUAAACGAUAUAUUUUACACACACAUACACAUAUGUUACUCAUUUGUUAAAAAAUCUAGACUUUCAUUGGUUUGUGUUGCUUUGCAGUAAAUACCGUGCAAAAUGACGUGCGAACCCCAUUACAAAUGCUGCGGGUUUCUCGUUCAAUCGUAAUUUUUAGUCAUCCCGCGAACGCGAUUUUUUUCUAAUAAAAUCGAGCUGUUUUCGUUUAAAAAAGAUAAAAUCUUCCUUUUCGUACACAGUGUUAUGAUAUUAAAUGAAAUUUGAACCAUGCAACAACCAACUGAAAACUGUAUGCAGGAAAAAAAUUUUCUGUUUGAAAGAUCAGAUUUGAAUCGACAAACUUCCAGGAUGUUAUUUGGAAAAUGGAAAUUUGGGCAAGUGAAAUAUUCUAAUUCGUCAACAAAUUUGUUUUCACAGACCAAUUUGUUUCGUAAACAAUCAUUCGAAAAUACAUCCGACUCGUUUGUUACACCACCAAUGGAUAAAAUAUGUAUAACAACGCCAAAGGCACCAGUCAAGUAUAAAAAGCAAAUUAAGAAGGGAGGUUUAAGGCCAAAAAAGUUACAUUACACCGACGAUGAAUUGGAUGCCAUAGAUAGCGGCGUUUAUAUUCAAUGUAACCAAUCAAAUGAUAUGUUUCACAAACAACGUAUGGCAAAAUGCAAUAGAUUCGAUUCUUCGCAGAGUCAAAUACAUAGAUUACGCGUGAAAUUAGACAAGAUUAAGGUACAAACGAACGAUAAAGAAAACGAUAAAAAUGUUAUAGGAAACAACAAAAACAAUGUAGUACAAGAAUCUCCUGUAGUAUUCAAUCCAAAUGCAAAAAUACUAUCACAAUGUGACAAUAAUCUUAAUUGGAAAGAAAAAUUAUAUUGGCUACAGCCUAGAAGGGAUGUUGGCGUAUGGAUUGAAUGCUGUAGAAAAAAAUGUAAAAAAUGGAGAUACGUUGAAGAUUAUCAUGAUCCAGUAGAUGUGCCUAAAAUAUGGUAUUGCGAAAUGAAUUCUGACAAAUUGAUGGCAUCUUGUGAUAUAGCAGAACGUCCUACAUCAUGUAGCAUCAAGACUGAUUUAAUUGAAAAUGCUUAUAACGCAGGUAGCAUUGUUUGGGCAUACGUCAAAGGCUACCCAUGGUGGCCUGGUAUUAUUAACGACUGUCCUGAUACUUGCACAUUUUAUACAUUACCUAAAAAUUCCUCUAAACCUAGCAAAUACUAUGUCACAUUUUUUAAUGAAGAAAAACUUGAAGCUAAUUGGAUUCUGAAACGAAAUCUUAAACCACUUGCAACAAAUAAAUAUAGUACACUUAUUAAAAAGACAAAGUUUAAUGGAAUUGAUUACCAACAGCUCUUACAAAAAGCACACAAAACAGCCACAGAUGCUCUUGCAUUAUCAAUUUUAGAAAGGUUAAGAAGAUUCAGCUUUUUGGCACUAUAUGAAAAAUUUUAUGACAUUAAUAACAAUUCAACACAAUUAAUUAGCAACACUACCAGAACCGAUAUUUUAUCAGAAAUGGAUACAAAUUCAGAUGAUGAAAUAUCCUGUUCACAUCCCAUAAACAAGCAUUACACUUUGAAAGAAUAUUAUUUAGAAGUAAUAUGUAAAAAUCGAAACGCAUUAAGUAAUGUUGCGAAGUAAUUUUUAUCGUAAAUUCAAAAACAAUAAAUACAUUGAUGUUAUAAAAUAAAUGAUUAAUAUGUACGUAUGUUCAUUGCAGUCAAACAAUAUUUGACAUAAUACUAAUUAUAUAUUGAAUAUAUUUGUAGUAUAUAAUUUCUUACAUUGUCC